CAUGGUAACACAAAUCAAAUAAAAAUUUUUGAUUUUUGUCUUGAUUAGCUUGUUUAUCUUGCUCAUUGCACGUAUUUUUUUUAUAGAAUACAAACAAAUAUUAUAUAAAAUUAAGAACAUAAAUACUAAAUAUAUUAGUUAAGUGCGUUAAUCACAACAUAAAUCCAAUGGAAGUAAAACAAGAACAAAACAACUUUUUUGAUGAAGAUUGCAAGAUCAAAAUAGAAAAUAUUAACUACUUAUCCCAGGACCAUGAGGGAUUUCACAAUUCCGUUAAACUUGAAGUAAAGGAUGAGUUAUCUCAGGCAGAUUCGCCUAGUACGAGUACAAUUAAUUAUUGUUUGGAUGGGUUCUCUUCAGACAAAUUAAACAUGGAAACUAUUGUUAAGGACAUCAAAUUAGAGGAGACCAGUGAUAUGGAGGAGGAGACCAAGGCGGAACCUCAACAAACGGAAAAUGGAUGUCUGGAGAAAAAUACGGAAACAAUCAAAACAUUUGAACAUCCAUGUCGUAACGAGGAAAAUACGGCUUCGAAAAAAUCUUAUCAAUGUGAACUUUGUUUUAAGUUCUUUUCUGAAAAACGUAGUUUAAAAAGACAUACGUUAACGCACACUGGAGAAAAGCCAUAUCAAUGUGAAAUUUGUUUUAAAUCGUUUUCCCAAAAUGGUCAUUUAAAGGCACAUGUUAGAAAACACACUGAAAAACAAACGCCUUAUCAGUGUGAAAUUUGUUUUAAAUCGUUUUCUGAAAAACGUAAUUUAAAAAGACAUACGAUAACGCACACUGGAGAUAAGCCAUAUCAAUGUGAAAUAUGUUCAAAGUCGUUUACUAAAAAGUGUGAUUUAGAAAGACAUACGGUAACGCACACUGGAGAGAGGCCAUAUCAAUGUGAAGUUUGUUUUAAAUCGUUUUCCCAAAAUGGUCAUUUAAAGGCACAUGUUAGAAAUCACACUGAAAAACAAACGCCUUAUCAGUGUGAAAUUUGUUUCAAAUCGUUUUCUGAAAAACGUAAUUUAAAAAGACAUACGAUAACACACACUGGAGAUAAGCCAUAUCAAUGUGAAAUAUGUUCAAAGUCGUUUAUUAAAAAAUGUGAUUUAGAAAGACAUACAGUAACGCACACUGGAGAGAAGCCAUAUCAAUGUGAAAUUUGUUUUAAAUCGUUUUCCCAAAAUUGUCAUUUAAAGGCACAUGUUAGAAAUCACACUGAAGAACAAACGACUUAUCACUGUGAAAUUUGUUUUAAAUCGUUUUCUCAAAAAUGUAGUUUAAACAGACAUAUGAGAAUGCACUCUCAAGAGAAACCAUAUCAAUGUAAAAUUUGUUCGAAGUCAUUUUUCGAUCCAAGUGUUUUGAAAUUGCAUAUGAGAGUGCAUACUGGUGAAAAACCAUAUCAGUGUGAAAUUUGUCUUAAGAGGUUUUCUUUAAAGUCUUCUUUGAAAUUACAUACUAUGACACACACUGGAGAUAAGCCAUAUCAAUGUGAAAUUUGUUUUAAAUCGUUUUGCCAAAUUUGUAAUUUAAAGACACAUCUUAGAAAAAAUCACACUGGAGAACUAGUUGAGGCAAUAAAGCACUGAACCUCCAAAAAAAAACGACAAGACGGAUCCUAAUAAUUCUUUUUGCAUUCGAUUCGUAAAUGCCCCAGGAAGCUUUGUGACCCAUAACUCGAGCCCAGAAGACUAGGGCCAACAGGUAGAGUUAAGUACAGUAAAUUCGUUUUUAAAUACUUUUUACCAGUUAACAAAUCAACUUGCGAGUGUGUAUAUUGUGCUUAUAAAAUAAAAAUAAUUUCUUUUUAAAAAUAUACCGAAAGUAGCGAAACAAAAAUCAACUCUUUAACGGAGCUGGAUUGGUGAAAACAGUGGAAUGAAGAUUACAUAUAAACAAUGAAAGUACUUUCUGUAAUUCACAUAUUUCUUUCUUCGCAAGAAAUAUGUUAAUAUAUGUUGCAAAGACAAGAAAGAUAUUAUAAAGUAGGAUAAGAGAUGAAUAUCUGUGGAUAUAUAUCGACGAGACUACUGACGCAAAGGGUCGACAAAUGGCGAAUUUAAUUAUUUUGGAGUUUUAAACUGUUCUGCCGAUGACAAUCAUAAGUGCCGUAUUUCUUGCAAAUAAUUAUAUUGAUAUCAAAAAUGUUAUAUCAAAUUUUGAUCCUUCUUGUUGAACUGCUGUUCAGAAAUGUAAAAAAAUAGUAAGAAUUCUGUUCAGAAUGAACUGUCCUAUAUAAAAUCAAAUUUCGACAUAAUUGUAAACUCUAUUACACAACUAGAGAGUCAAAAAUUAUCUUUAAAUGAUAAAUAACAUUUACAUUGUUGAUUCUGUCAAAGAAAGAACAAUAAAUCUAUCAGGGACAAUUGGAAAAAAGUCGAGAUAAAUUUAGUGAAGUUUUAAACAGAAAUGAAGGCUUUUCUUUAUUGCGACCAAUAACUAGCAUAAUCAAUGGACGCUUUGGACAGCAGGAACAAGGACAUAUUCUUGUGAAUUUUCAUUUAUAUUUUAUUAUUAAAUGCAGUAAUAAAUAAACACUCAAGUUGCAGGUACUAUAAUUAAAUUUUUCACCAAAUUGCAAGCCUUGAAAAUUGCAAAAUAUUUGUUCUAAAGUGCAUAUAUAAAUGUAUAUUGCAUAUAAUAAAGGCAUAUUUGGUUACUUUUUAAGUGCAUAUUGCAUAAAUAUUUUAACCAUUUUUUAGUGCAUAUAAUCCAGGCUCUACCCAUAACCAUGAGAUAAUAUUGAAAAACUGCAUUUGUGAAUACAAAAAAUGCAUUCUUAAAGUGCAUCUCAAAAAAAAACAAAAAAAAAUUCAGAACUCGUCAAUUUAUACCACCGAUAAUUAUCGGCGGAAAUGAGUUGAAUUUUGUUACUCGGGGAUUUUUGGGCCCGCUGAAAACGAAUAUGACGUCGUAAGUAAUCUCCGGAGUACCUGGUGCCCAGGGUACCUGCUGUUUACCUCAUCUUCUGAUGUUUUCGGCAAAUUCAUUAAAGAAUUAGUCAAAAAACAUUACUCGGGGAUUUUUGGGAUCACUGACGACGAAUAUAACAUCGAAAGUGAUCUCUGGAGUACCUGGUGCCCAGGGUACCUAUUACUUACCUCGUCUGCUGGAGUUUUUUAUAAUUUUGAUGAACAAUUAGAAUAAUUAGAAUUUAAUAUUGACAAAACAAAACGCAAAAAAUUGACACUGGCCAUUUUAACAUAUAGGCACAGUAUGUGGCUGUAUUAGUAAAUUGUACUAAUAGAGAUAGUCUAAUAAAUCCAUUGGAAAGGGAAGAAGAAGAAAAAAAAAAGAAAAUAAAAUGAAAUAUAAACAUCGAUGUAUCCGGAUGUAUCCACCCAUUUAAUUGAUUUUUUUUAAAUAAAGGUAUUUUUAUAAUACAAAAUCAAAGAAAAUUUAAAAUCAACUUCAAUCUGUAUUACAUACAUACCUUGAAGAGCAUUAACAUUCAGAAAUUUAUUUUCGGCGAAUCCAAUAACUUCCAAGUUUAGAGGUUUGACUGAUUAUACAGUGGAACUUGGAUAUUACGGCCUCGGUUGUAACGUCAAUUUUUAAUAGGUCCGGCCAAAAACUAUUCGAUAACAUUAUUAAAAACCCGGUUUUAGCGGUAAAAAUAAAGUAACUCUCGUCUAUAGCGUCAUUAAAUUUUACAGUAGGUUGUUGUUUUUUCAUUUUAUGAAGAAUAAAGUGCAAUGCAUUUCCAGCUUUGCAACAUUGCUCCUUCCAAGAAUGUGAGAAAGGCCCAUUAUCCUUUUGUAUACAGUUAUGUGACCUUGGCAGUUUAUGAUUUCUUAUUAUUUGUCAGGGCCAUCAUAAAGAGUCAAAUUUUCUGCUGUAAUAAAAUAGUGCGAAUAAUGCUGUAAUAACAUUUUGCCUGGUUAAAAUUUCAUUUUUUUCUACCUCUUUUAUAACGUCACUCUGAUAUAGCGUCAUUUUUUUACUGGACCCUUCAAUGACGCUAUAACCAAGUUCCAUUGUAUAUCGAAAAUUCCAGAAGUUGACUUAAAAAAUAGGUAUCUUAGGCAUCAGGUACUCUAGAGAUAAUUUUCAAUGUCAUCUUCUUUUUCAGCGAGCCCAAAAACCCCCCGAGUAAUGAUUACAGUAAUAAACAGUAGGUACUGCGGAGAUCACUUCUUCUUCUUCAUGUACCAUGUCCUUUCAGAACGUUGGUUACCAUCAUAGCUAUCUUAAUUUUAUUCACUGCCACCCUAAAUAGCAUGCUUGUAUCAACACCAUACCAAUCUCGCACGUUCUUCAACCAUGAGGUUCUUCUUCGUCCUGGACUGCGUUUUCCUGCUAUUUUUCCUUGCAUGAUAUUUUGUAGCAACCUAUAUUUGGGACCUCUCAUUACAUGUCCGAAAUACUCCAGCUUUCUCUCCUUGAUGCUUUUUAUGAUCUCAGUAGUCUUGCUGAGACGUUCUAGUAUUGUGGAGUUUCUAAUCUUCUCCACCCAGGAAACUUUUAAAAUUCUUCUAUAGCACCACAUUUCGAAAGCUUCAAGGCGAUUUAGAUCGAUUUUAUGCACAGUUUAGGACUCGACACCAUAAAGUAAGACCGAGAACACGUAGCAGCCAAGUAGGCGGAUCCUCAAUGCCAAUUUUAGGUCUCUGUUACAUAACACCUUGGACAUCCUUCUAAAAACCGCUCUAGCCUGAUUUAUCCUAGAUCUAAUUUCGCCGUGACUUUCUGCGUUACAAUUUAAUUGCUGGCCAAGGUAAACGAUUUUAUCAACUUGCUCAAGUUUGGUAUUAUUUACAUAUAUAGACGGUUUUAUAUGCUGUUGUUUACUUAUUACGAGUAUUUUGGUUUUCCGUAUGUUCAGAUCCAGACCUGCCUCCCUACAACUCUCAACGACACUAUCAAGUAGUGUUUGCAGAUCUUCUUGACUAGAAGCUAGGAGUACUGCAUCGUCCGCAUAUCGCAAAUUAUUGAUGACUUCACCGUUUACAAGUAUUCCUUCUUGUUUUUCAGAAAGUGCUUUUCUGAAAAUUCUUUCGGAGUAAACGUUGAAAAGCAGGGGUGACAAGAGGCAUUCCUGCCGUACUCCUCUUUUAAUAUUAAGAGCCUGUGAUUCCACACCAUCUACUAAAACUGAUGUUGUUUGAUUCCAAUAUAAAUUUGCAAUUAUUCGAACAUCUCUGCCGUCCAAGCCAAUGUCUUUUAGAGCUUCGAUUAAUAUAGAGUGCUUAACACGAUCAAAUACCUUUUGGAAGUCAAUAAAACAACAGUAUAUGUCUACAGAUAUAUCUGGACAUCUUUGAGCAAGUACGUUCAUUCCAAACAGUGCCUCUCUCGUUCCAAACCCGUUACGGAAACCAAACUGUGUGUCAUCCAGGUAUUCCUUGCAUUUAUUGUAGAUACGACCAUGUAUUUAUUGGUAACACAUUCUUUAAAAAGAGAGAAACUCAACUUAUUACCUACAAAAGUGGACAACAUCAAUCCCAAAUGGACUACUUCAUGAUAAGGAAAGAAGACAUACGUGAAUGCAAGGACUGCAAGGUAAUAGUUAGUGAGACAGUAAGCCAACAACAUAAGCUGCUUAUUCUGGACAUCGAAGUAAAAUGCGAAACUAAACAAAAAUAUCGGAGAGGACCACAAAAAAUCAAGUGGUGGCUGCUGAAAGAUGAGAACGAAGGUCUAUUUAGGAGAAGAAUAGUAGAAAAAAUAUUUUGGAACAUGAAAGGAAGCCCUAAUACAAUUUGGAGAAAAAUGGUCAGUAGUAUUAGAGAGACUGAUAUUGAAAUACUUGGGAAAACGUCAGGAAAAAAGUUUGAGGAUAAAGAGACUUGGUGGUAGUCAAACGAAGUACAAGGAAAAAUAAAAGAGAAGAGAAAAUUAUAUAAAAAGUGGCAAGAAACCAGAUCCGAUACAGAUCUUCAAAACUAUAUGGUGGCGAAAAAGGAAGCGAAAGUAGCAGUAGCAAAAGCCAAAGCAGAAGCAUAUUCAAACCUAUACGAUCAACUUGAUACCAGGGAAGGCGAAACGAAGAUAUAUAAAAUAGCCAAACAGAGAGCAAAGAAAGCAAAAGAUUUUAAUCAGAGUAGAUGUAUCCGAGAUGAAAAUAAUAAAAUACUAGUUCACGAAAGGGAUGUCAAAAAGACAUGGAGAAAGUACUUUGACAGCUUAUUAAAUGAAGAAUUUGACAGACAGCCUGUAGAGUCAACGGAGACAGUAGCAGCAAUGGUCACCAAAAUAACCAACGAGGAAGUGGCUCAAGCGCUUCAAAAAAUAAAGAAAGGAAAAGCGGUAGGACCAGAUGAUAUUGACCCUAACAAGGUGGCCAGCAGGUCUAUUUAAUAGAAUUAUGGAAGUCGGACAAAUGCCAGACGAAUGGAGAAGCAGUAUACUGGUACCUGUUUACAAAAACAAGGGAGAUAUACAACAAUGUACAAACUACAGGGCUAUAAAACUGCUUAGCCACACCAUGAAAAUAUGGGAAAGAGUAAUUGAUAGACGGAUACGUGAAGAGACCGAAAUAUCCGAGAACCAAUUUGGCUUUAUGCAGGGUAGAUCAACAACAGAUGCAAUUUUCAUUAUAAGGCAGUUGAUGGAAAAAUACAGGAGUAAAGAAACAAACGCUCAUAUGGUAUUCAUUGAUCUUGAGAAAGCAUAUGAUAGAGUUCCUCGAGAGAUUCUGUGGUGGGCACUCAAUAAGAAAGGAGUCCCUGGUGAAUAUGUAAAGAUUGUGAGGGAUAUGUAUGAGGGAGUAACGACUAGUGUUAGGACAGGUGUGGGAGAGACUGAUAAAUUCCAUGUGAAAGUAGGAUUGCACCAAGGCUCUCUGCUUAGUCCGUAUUUAUUCUCAUUAGUUUUGGACCAGAUAACAGCGAAACUACAGGGUAACAUUCCAUGGUGCUUAAUGUAUGCUGAUGAUGUCGUGUUAGUAGGAAAUAGUGAAAGAGACUUAGAACAAAAACUGGAACAGUGGAGACAAGCUCUGGAGGAAAAAGGUUUAAAAGUUAGUAGGACAAAAACAGAGUAUAUGGAAUGUUCAUUUAAAGAUGGAGCUACUACAAAUAAAAUGGUAUCUUGGAUGGUGAAAUGAUUGUGAAAAGCAAUAGUUUUAAGUACCUAGGAUCGGUAUUACAGAGUAAUGGAGAAAUAGAUGGAGAUGCAUGCAGUAACAUUAGGGCUGGAUGGAUGAAGUGGAAAGAAGCGAGUGGUGUGUUGUAUGACAGAAAAAAUCCAAUGAAGCUGAAGGGAAAAUUCUAUAAAACAGCCAUAAGACCGGCUAUGAUGUAUGGAACUGAAUGUUGGGCAGUGAAAAAGAAAGAGGAACAACGAAUGCAUGUGGCGGGUAUGAGAAUACUUAGAUGGAUGAGUGGAGUGACAAAGAAGGAUAAAAUUAGAAAUGAGUAUAUUAGGGGAAGUCUAGGUGUGGCACCAAUUGAUGCCAAAAUGAGAGAGCAUAGGUUAAGAUGGUUUGGUCAUGUUCAACGUCGAGACGUUAAUCACCCAAUACGAAGAAUAGCUAAAGUGCAGAUUCCUGGAAGGAGUAGGAGAGGAAGACCAAAGAAGACCUUAGGGGAGACAAUAAGGCAGGACAUGUUGGUAAAGGGGAUUAACAUUGAUAUGACCCAAGAUAGAAUUGUGUGGAGAAAUGCAAUUAGGGAAGCCGACCCCGCAUAGGGAUAAGGCAAAGAGAAUGAUGACGACCAUGUAUUUAUUGGAGAUCACUACUGACGUGAUAUUCGUUUUCAGCUACCCCAAAAAUUCCCGAGUAAUUAUUUUUGACUAAUUUUUUAAUGAAUUUGCCGAAAAUUCCAGCAGACGAGGUAAACAGUAGGUACCCUGGGCACCAGGUACUCCGGAUAUCACUGCCGACGUCAUAUUCGUUUUCAACGACCCCAAAAACCCCCGAGUAACAAAAUUGAACUCAUUUCCGCCGAUAAUUGACGAUUUCUAAAUUUUUGUAUUGUUUGUUUGAGAUGCACUUUAAGAAUGCAUUUUUUUAUGAACAAAUGCAGUUUUUCAAUAUUGGGUAUCUCAUGGCUAUGGGCCACAAAGUUUCCUGGCGCAUUUACGAAUCGAGUGCAAAAAUAAUUAAGAUCCGCCUUGCCGUUUUUUUUUUCGGGGGUAAAGCCGAUUUUAGUGCUUUAUUGCUUCGCCUAAACAAACGGCUGGUCAGUGUGAAAGUUUUAAAUCGUUUUCUCAAAAAUAUAAUUUAAAACGUAUACGAUAACGCAAACUGGAGAGAAUCCGUAUCAAUGUGAAAUUUGUUUUAAGAGUUUUCCCAAAAAUGGUCAUUUAAAGGCACAUGUUAGAAAUCACACUGGAAAACAAACGGCUUCAUCCUGGCGCAAAUUGAACCUAAGCUAGACACAACCUGCACCGGCGAAAUGCGUGGACAAUUUUGUGAAGCACGCUUAAGCCUGGGUUUCCUCAAAAGCGGCACCGGUUGGCCGAAAAAUAUGGUGUACAAACUCAUAUCAAAGGAUAUAAAAAAAUAAAAGUGGGUUGAAAAAUUCUUUAAAAAAGCUUAACAUCAAUCUGUUUUUUCCGUAGUAUAGUUUUGUUUUAAAUUAGGAUAUUAAAGUAGUUUUAGUAGUUUCCGUUUAUGUACCUAUAGAAUUAUAUUUGCUUUUAUUAACAAAAUAAACAAAGUUCCAAUUAUCAGUAGUAAUUGCACAAGAGCUCUAAAAUUCUAUAUUAAUUUUAGAGUUCGAGUGCAAUUUGUUGCGAUUAUUUUAUGAAUAAAACUGUUCAAAACCAAAAUUUUAUUGUAAUUUAUUUAUGUAAGUACAAAUUAGUACAAUUAAACACAAAGUUUUUAUAAAUAUUUGACGAUUGAAAGUCAUCACUUUUAUAAUUUUUAAAACAUUAAUUGUCAUUAAUGUCACUGAAUGUAUUUUUUCGUAGCAACGAAGGGCAUCUGACGUAAUAUACUUAACUACGGGCAAUUAUCAAAAAUUAUCAAUUUAAUUCUGAUUUAUGUAGCUUUUUAUUGGUCAGAAUCUCCUAUAAAUGAAAUAAUCUUUUAUAUAUUUGUGAACUACAAAAACUGGAAAUACCGGCUACCUUUCUAUAUCGGCUAAUAGUUCCUUCAUUUUUAGUGGCCGGUACUGACAGGUUUUACUGUAUUAAUCAAUAAUCAAUUUUUAAAAUUCUUUUUUUUUAUUUAAGUUGAAGUUGUACGUUAUUUUAUGUUUUCAUGACUCAUAAAUAAAUAUGUUUAAAGAG